AUGCACCUCCGCCAACUAGCAAUACUAAUCCUCGGUCUCUGCACCCAACUCUCAACGCCCUACAUGCUCUACAAAGGCCUAGGCGUAGCCGCCAACACGCACUCCCCCAUCGUCGGUGUACUGUCCGGUUCAAUGGAGCCAGGGUUCCAUCGAGGUGAUCUUCUCUUUCUCUGGAACAGAGGAGACACGCGGGUCGGGGAUAUUGUGGUGUAUACUGUCCAAGGCAAGAAUGUUUCGAUUGUCCAUAGAGUUAUUGCCAAAUUUGGAGGAGGAGCCGAGCCGUUGUCGGUUUUGACGAAACGAGACAACAACCAAGGAGACGACAGGCCCUUGUAUGCGCCGGGGCAACAGUACGUAGACCGCGAGAAGGAUGUUGUCGGUAGAGUUGUAGGAACGGUGCCGUACGUCGGGUACUUGUCUCUUGUCAUGGAGGAUUAUCCGUGGGCGAAGGUGGUCUUGGGUGGUCUGAUCGCGCUGAGUGUGAUGGCUUAG